UCAGAAUAAUUUAUAUACGAUGCCCAAUUUAAACGCUGUGAUCGCACAAAAUAUUUCAAAAGGAGAUGUCAUUUGGGUUCCAUACAGAAAAGAUCCUAUGUGGCCAGCACUGGUCAAUAAUGCUUAUCCCAAAAAAGUCAGCUACAGCUUUUUCCCUUUGGCGCCUGGUGUCGAUGAAACGAAAAGAAGCCGAUUCAGUUGUGCUCCAAAAUUAACAUACGCACUAGUCACCACCGAACCUCUUCCGGAAAAUGCAAAUUCUGAUUUAAAAAAAGCACAUCGCGCGGCUUGUGAAUAUCUUUCAAGUAAUGGGAAAACUCGUGGUUCGAAUAUUCAAUCGCUUGGUGAAGCUGCUGGUGGUUCAGAAAAAAUGAAGAAAAUGAACGGAGAGGUGACGAAGAACAAAACUGGAAAACCCGAAAAACGGAAAAAGAAAGUUGAUUCUGAACAACAAGAAAACGAAGAAGAUGAUGAGGAUUUAAUGUCACCAGUUUCCAAGAAACCUUCGUCUUCCGAACGCUCAACACCAUCCGGAUCACAACAACAACCUCCAAUUACCGAAGAACAAUCGAAAUCUAUGAUGAAAAUGAUUGAUGAUCGUUUUGAAGUUCUGAUCAAUGAAAUCUGGAAGAGUGAUGAAGUGGCUCAAUCCAAAAACCAGACUAUGAAGGAUAAAAUGACGAUCAAAUUGAAAAACAAUCAGUUUCUGAAAGAAUCCGACUACGACAUAGUCUUCGAGCGAAUAUUCAAUUUUAUCCGCAUGCAGAAUCCGUCACUUUCCUUCAUUUCCACAUUCAAUAUCACAUCUUCUCACAUCAUUCCACACAUACUGAUCACUUGUUAUUCAGCGUGUAGAAAUUUGGAUUAUCAAACUUCAAAAGAAAUUUUCUAUCAACUAAAUACUCGCGUCUUAGGCUUGGAUUCAUCAAUGAGCAUUCCUGUCACUGAUCACCUGGAAGAGCUUUGCCGCUUGGCAUGUGAUGAAAGCGAUGCAAUUCAAAUUCUCGAGAACGAGCAUGGGGACAAGAUUUCAAAAGACGGAACAGCUACCCAAACAAGAGGAAAUGUUUUCGAAGAAAUGAGAUGA